AUGCUCUCAAUCCACCGGGUCUUCACCUUCUUCGCGCUCGCCAGCCUCGCAGCUGCCGUGACUAGCAAUAAGGCCGACCAUAAGCUGCAUAAGCGGGACACGCUCCCGGACUUUGCUAUCACGUACGCGCCGCUGUCAUACCUCUAUAGUGGCGAGAAGUGGUUCCCGUCCGAUAUCACGACGCACCUGGCCAAUGUCAAGCCCGAGGUGAACUAUACCGCUAUCGGGGCGAACGGGUCUGUCACGCUCGACAGCCUCAACACGCUCGCUUCAGAUGUCUACCUGACGGCCUCAGACGGCCCUAUUCUGGACCCGUUGGAUGGUACCCCCGCCUGGCUCUCUUCGGACUACGGUAUCCCCAACAGCGAUGGCCUUAGCGCCGCUCCUGGUCUCAUUAUUUCCGCGAAGAAGAACAGCACUACGACCGACGUAUUCUACUUCUAUUUCUACUCGUAUAACUAUGGUGGAGGGGUACUGGACAUCAACUUUGACGACCACGUCGGUGACUGGGAGCACACCAUGAUCCGGUUUGUUAAUGAAGAACCUUAUGACAUCUAUGUUUCCGAGCAUAGCGCCGGAUCAGCAUACUAUUGGGAUGUGGUGAACUUCUCGGGCAAGCGCCCCAUCACCUACAUCGCAUACGGCGGGCACGCUAACUAUGUGACUGCGGGCACUCAAAACUACACUAUCGCGCUGGGGCUUAUCUCCGACAAGACCGACGCUGGGUAUCUCUGGGAUAUGACACUCAACUACCGGGGCUACUUGUACGACGUGGACGCGAACAAAUUCACCGCGGCCUCUGGGGCUGGAAAGGGAGCUACCGGGGAGGCAGGUGAGACGGCUGAUUGGCUGAACUGGCUGGGCCUUUGGGGCGACAAGGAGUACCCAGAUGGGUUCCUCGACGAUAUUGAGACCGGCCAGUACUGCAUCGUGUCCGAAUGUCACUAUACAAGCGGGCCGACCGGACCCGUGGACAAGAACCUCGGCCGAACGACCGUGUGCGAGAACGACGACGACUGUACCAUCUUCACGAACAUUAACGAUCUGACAGAGCAGUCCUAG